AUGGAAUUGGAGUUCGUAGCUUUGGAGUUGGCUGAUCCCAUGAAGAAGGUUCAUAUGGGUAAGAACAAGUCACUUAACCGCAGAGCACAUUGUUGCUGGAAUCAAUGGCAAGCAUAUGUCUUCUCUUCUUCUUCUAUUCUCGAGCUCGACUUGGUCACAAUUUGCCGGAGCGGAAAAAGAGCUUUGAGCCCUGCUGUCGGCAAAAUGUCCCUCCCUUACAUCUUCGGCAUCGGCCUCGCCCUAAUCCUUCGCAAGACCGUUGCCGGAAUCAACGAAUUUGGUUUCUCGUGGUUCCUCAUCUUCAUGGGAGUCACGAUUUUCAUCAUACCCUUCCCCGUCCUAGCAUGCAUCCUAACUGAGCUCAAGUUCCUCACUCCUCGCGUCGGCGACACUGCCAUGGCCGUCGCAGCGUUCAACGAUGUUGAUGCAUGGAUCCUCCUUGCCCUUGCCAUUGCACUCGCCGCCGUCGACGUCAACAGCCACAUUCACAAGAGCCCCUUCGUCUCGCUACGAGUGCUCCUCUCCAGCAUGGCCUUUGUUGCCUUCAUGAUGAUAAUAAUUUGGCUAGGAGACUUGACCAAACCGCUUCGGGAAAAUUUGAAAGCGAAGAUGGAUGGAAGUGGGAAUCAGUAG